AUGGCAACACGAUUACCUCCACCCAAGAGAGUGAAACUAGACAACGGUGUCCCUAUUCCUGCCCCCGAGCCAGAGCCGUCAGAGCCAGCUCCUAAUAUUGUAGAUGAGGAUCCAACGCCAUACGCAUUUUAUGUCAACGCACCAAUACCAAACGAUUCUGAGAACACCAUCCGAGUACUGAUAUCCAAUUCUAUCCAAACUGAUGUGCUUCAAAGACCAGCCAGUACAUUCACCCCUGAGGACAUCAUUACUGUCUAUUGCUCGCCUCAAGCCGUAUUUCGUGUACGGCCUGCGACCCGGUGCUCAUCUACUCUAUCAGGUCACUCAUCCGCUAUUCUAUGUGCUGCCUUUUCUCCGACUGGAAGAAUGUUGGCGACUGGUUCUGGAGAUAACAACGCACGACUCUGGGAUCUGGACACUGAAACCCCGUCGCACACCCUCAGUGGUCAUAAAGGAUGGGUGUUAUGUGUAGAGUGGGAGCCUACCGAGAGAAAGCUCGCCACAGGCGGUCAUGAUGGGCAGGUACGGUUGUGGGAACCUAAAACUGGGAAACCUAUCGGAGAUGCUCUCAAGGGACACUCCAAAUGGGUGACAUCGCUCUCUUGGGAGCCAGCACAUAUUAACCCCUCGAACCCUCGGCUUGCAUCUUCAUCAAAGGAUGGUACAGUCCGUGUUUGGAAUACAACAAACCGACGUCUCGAGUACACUAUUGGUGGUCACACAGCGAGUGUGAAUGUCGUUCGAUGGGGAGGUGGAUCAGGAAAGGGGGCCCUAUAUACUGCGUCUAGCGAUAGAACGGUGAAAGUAUGGGACCCUAACGGUGGCCGACUGCUUCACACACUGAAGGACCACGCACACUGGGUAACGACUCUUGCGCUCAACACAGAUUUUGUCCUUCGUACUGGCCCUUACGACCACACCGGAAAAGUAUCAGUCUCAGAUGAAGAAACUAAAUCUAGGGCUCAUAAGCGUUACGACGACGUUACAAGCAAUACCCCAGAGCUCAUGAUAUCUGGGUCGGACGAUCAUACACUAUUUCUCUGGUCUGUGUUCGGCCAGCAUCCAUCUCCUGUAUCCAACGAAGCAUCCACAAAAGUGAAACCCCUUUCUCGGCUGACUGGCCACCAGAGACAAAUAGCCCACGUUGCAUUUAGCCCCGAUGGUCGCUGGGCUGCGAGUGGGGCAUGGGACUCAUCUGUCCGGCUUUGGGAAGGCCGGACGGGAAAAUACGUAGCAACUCUCAGGGGGCAUGUUGGCCCUGUAUAUCGACUCACCUGGUCAGCGGAUUCAAGAUUGUUGGUGAGCGCUAGUAAGGACAGCACCAUCAAAAUAUGGAACCUGAAGACCAAUAAGAUAGGAACAGACUUGCCAGGUCAUACAGAUGAAGUCUAUUGUGUAGAUUUCGUGGCGGAUAAGAUUGUUAGUGGUGGGAAGGAUUGUGUUGUGAAAAUCUGGAAAAACUAG